UUACAUCGGGUGAGCUUGUGUGAGUGUAAGUGUAAGUGGUGUGCGUGCGUAUGAUUGCGAGCUUGUAUUCUUAAUAAUAAAUUGAUUGAAAUGGCGGAGGAGCAAGAGGUACGGCAGCUGGAGCUGUUGUGCAAACAGCUUUAUGAAUCACAAAAUCCAAAUGAAAGAAUUGAAGCAGAGAAAGCCCUCGUUGGAUUUCAGAAUGCACCAGAUACAUUAGCAAAGUGCCAGUUGCUCUUAGAUCGGGCUGAUUCCUCUUACGCGCAGCUACUCGCAGCUACAACUUUAACGAAACUCGUCUCUCGCACAGCACAGGGUCUCAGUCUUCAACAACGGGCUGACAUACGUAAUUAUGUGUUGAACUACUUAGCCACUCGGUUGAAGUUGCCCAGUUUUGUCAUUCAAGCUCUCGUCACUUUGUUCGCCAGAAUCACUAAACUUGGUUGGUUUGAUUGUGAGAAGGAUGUGUACAUUUUUCGAAAUGUUGUGAAUGAUGUUAGCAAGUAUCUACAGGGAUCUGUGGAACAUUGUAUGAUAGGUGUCCAGCUCUUGUCACAGCUGACCUCUGAAAUGAACCAAAUAUCAGAGGCUGAUGCCAACAGAUCGUUAACCAAACACAGAAAAAUUGCUUCAUCAUUCCGUGAUACCCAGUUAUUUGAAAUAUUCCGACUGUCUUGCUCUCUUCUGGGAACAGCCAGUGAAAAUUGUAAAAGUUUAAAUUUUAAUGAUGAAGCACAGCAUGGACUCAUGACACAGUUGCUGCAUUUAGCCCACAAUUGUCUGACGUUUGAUUUCAUUGGAACCUCAACGGAUGAAUCAUCAGAUGACCUGUGCACUGUUCAGAUUCCUACUAGCUGGAGACCAGCUUUUUUAGACCAUACAACGUUAAAAUUAUUUUUUGAUCUUUAUCAUUCGUUGCCUAGCUCUCUGUCCUCUUUAGCUUUGUCAUGUCUAGUGCAAAUUGCAUCAGUUAGGCGGUCUCUCUUCUGUACAACAGAGCGCGCUAAAUUCCUCACACAUCUUGUCAAUGGAGUUCGAAAUAUUCUUUUAUCCCCCCAGGGUUUGACAGAUGCAGGAAAUUACCAUGAAUUCUGUCGGCUUCUCGCAAGGCUCAAGUCAAAUUAUCAAUUAGGUGAAUUAGUAAUGGUAGAGAGUUAUCCAGAAACAAUUAGCCUUAUCGCCAAGUUCACAGUGGAAAGUUUAAGGAUGUGGCAGUUUGCUCCUAACAGUGUGCACUACUUACUUAGUUUGUGGCAGCGCAUGGUAGCCUCCGUACCGUACGUCAAGGCUACUGAACCUCACAAGCUUGAAGCUUACACGCCCGAAGUUACUAAUGCUUACAUAACCUCAAGACUGGAUUCAGUUGCAAUAGUUGUCAGGGAUGGCCUUGAAGAUCCUCUUGAUGAUCUAGGGAUGGUGUCUCAGCAACUAGAGCAGCUAUCUGUGAUCGGGCGGUGUGAAUACCAGAAGACUUGUUCCCUCCUUGUUACCUUAUUUGAUUCCAAUGCUAGGCUCUACGAGCAACUUGUUCCAUCUCCGACCACAUCACAAUUAGAGAUCUCAAUUCAAGAAGGUCGUCUAACCUGGCUCGUAUACAUCAUCGGGGCAGCAAUAGGAGGUCGAGUUUCAAUCAACUGUAACGAAGAGCAUGACGCCAUGGAUGGAGAGUUGGUUUGUCGGGUCCUACAAUUGAUGAACCUCACUGACUCAAGAUUAGCGUCUGGUGGUUGUGAAAAGCUGGAGAUGGCAAUGCUCAGUUUCUUUGAACAAUUUAGGAAGAUAUAUAUCGGUGAUCAAGUUCCAAAAAAUUCCAAAGUGUACAGAAGGUUGUCUGAUGUCCUGGGUCUGGCAGAUGAAGCCUUAGUUCUAAGCGUGUUUAUCCGGAAAAUCAUAACAAAUUUAAAAUAUUGGAGUCGAAGUGAACAAGUAAUUUCAAAAACUUUGCAGCUACUUAGUGACCUGUCCGUUGGCUACAGUUGUGUUCGGAAACUCGUCAAACUAGAGGAAGUACAAUUUAUGUUAAAUAAUCACACGAGUGAACACUUUGCAUUUUUAGGAAACGGCAUAGCUGUCAGUGAAAUGAGAUGCAGAUCUAUGUUUUACACAUCCCUCGGACGUCUCCUUAUGGUUGAACUUGGAGAGGAUGAAGAUCGGUUUGAUGUGUUUAUGCUUCCUCUGACAGCUGCUUUCGAAUCAAUAGGUGCAAUGUUGAGAAUGGCUGACACUCCAGUUUUCCAAGCAGAAGAAGCAAAAAAAGCUCUGAUCGGGUUAGCUCGAGAUUUGCGUGGUCUAGCCUACGCUUUCAAUACGAAGGCCUCCUAUGUGCUGCUAUUUGAAUGGAUAUACCCUGCCUACACACCUAUUCUACUGCACGCGUUGGAACUAUGGUACAGAGAACCUCAAGUUACCACUCCUGUGUUAAAACUGUUUGCUGAAUUGGUUCACAAUCGAUCUCAAAGGUUACAAUUUGAUGUGUCCUCUCCUAAUGGUAUAUUGUUAUUUAGGGAAGCUAGUAAAAUACUUUGUACUUACGGAAGUAGAGUGUUAACAAUUGAAGUGCCCAAAGAACAAGCGUAUCCAAUGAAGUUGAAAGGAAUAUCAAUAUCCUUCUCAAUGUUGCGAGCUGCCAUGUGUGGAGGUUAUGUUAAUUUUGGUGUAUUUAGACUCUAUGGAGACACAGCCUUAGACAAUGCCUUGAAAAUUUUUAUUAAAAUGCUUUUGUCUACUCCUCUCUCAGAUCUACUGGAUUACCCUAAGCUGUCUCAAACCUAUUAUGUUCUUCUGGAAUAUCUUGCCCAAGACCACAUGUCAUUUCUCGCCACGCUUGAACCGUCUGUAUUUUUGUACAUCGUUUCAUCAAUAUCAGAGGGUCUUACUGCAUUAGGUGCGAACCCAGUAUCUCAUACAGAUACGAUGGUUUGUACAGGUUGCUGCGCUACUCUUGAUUAUAUUGUAACCUAUCUUUUCAAACAAAUCACCAACAAAGGUAAAAAACCAAGAAGAAAUCAGCCAGUUCCAAAUGAUAUGUUCCUACAAGUAUUGGAGCUUCAUCCAGAAAUCUUACAACAAAUCCUCAGCACGGUUCUCAACAUAAUCAUGUUCGAAGAAUGCCGAAAUCAGUGGUCAAUGUCAAGACCUCUUCUCGGUCUCAUCUUGCUCAAUGAAGAAUAUUUCAACCAACUGCGAGAAAAUAUUAUCAGAAGUCAGCCGCCAGAUAAGCAAGCAGCCAUGGCACAGUGGUUUGAAAAUUUAAUGGAUGGAAUCGAAAGAAACCUACUAACUAAAAACCGUGACAGGUUCACCCAAAAUUUAUCAAUGUUCCGAAGAGAUAUUAAUGAUUCGUUGAAAGGCCCAAAUACAACUGUGCCGAGUAGUGAUAUGAUGACCUCCUAGUGAUCUUUCCUUCAAGACUGCUUUUUAAAUCCUUACUUGUAAAAUUUUAUUCAGGUAUAUUAUUAUAGUUGCAUAUAACUAUGAAAUCAUUGUCACAUUUUACUUUGCUUCUCUUGUUUCUUUGGAAAAACUGCUCAUAAUUUUGCAAGUGUUUUAAGGACUUGUUUUUUGUUUUUGUAAGAAUUGUUUCAAAAGUUGAGCAUCUUAGGUGCUGUGUUUGGAUUUUCAUUUUCUAGCUCUGCAAUAGCCGUCGAUAUUUCUAACAUAUAUUCGCAAAUGCGAACUUUAGAAAUGAUUUCAUAUUUGUAUCGCGUCAAAAGGUUUUAAUGGUCUACUCUUAUAGUAGAUGAAAAACUGUAUUUUUGUAUCAUCUGGUUAAUGUUUUUAUAUUUGUAUGUAUGUAAUUAUGUUUUUGUUUAAGCAUGAAAAGUGGAUUGAAUACUCCUUGAAUUUAAUGUUGGGACAAAAUUGAUUUUUAUGUUUCUAUUUAUUUUACAUAGCGUAUGUUUGGAAAACAUGCAGUUGCAUUUUUCAUUAAAUAAUUUGUGAAGAAUGAA